CCGGCCGGUGCCCCGUCAUUUUCCCGUGGGCGGCAGCGAGAUAUGAAGCGUCGUCAUGGGUUUCAUGGAAUUCUACUUGGAGAUUGACCCCGUGACCCUGAACCUCAUCAUCCUGGUGGCCAGCUACGCCAUCCUCCUCCUUGUCUUCCUCAUCUCCUGCAUCCUGUACGACUGCCAGGGGAAGGAUCCCACCAAGGAGUACGCCCCCGCGCCCCCCGCAACCCCCAGCCAGUCGCCCAUACGCCUUGUGGUCAUGCAAAACUCUCCUGCCUCGUCUCGCUAUGAGCAGCAGAACCAGAACAACAUGGCUGCUCCAGAACCCAGCAGAAAGCCAGAACCCAGCAGGAACCCAGAACCCAACAGGAAGCCAGAACCCAGCAGGAACUUGGAACCUAGCAGGAACCCAGAACCCAGCAGGAAGCCAGAACCCAGCAGGAACCCAGAACCGAGCAGGAAGCCAGAACCCAGCAGGAACCCAGAACCGAGCAGGAAGCCAGAAAUCAGUAGGAACCACUACGAGCACAGCAGGAACCACUACGAGCACAGCAGGAACCACUACGAACCACCGGCGCUGACGCCCACCCCCGACCUGGGGAGGGAGAAGAGGAGCACCCUGGUCUGAUAAGGAGAGAGGGAGGAGGUGGGGGAGUCCAUGACUUAAGAGAAGAGAGAUGCUAAGUUCUGGAUUUGACACCGUGGAGGAGAGAGGGAGAUGGUGGGGGUGUCCAUGAAUGAAGAGAAGAGAGAUGCUAAGUUCUGGAUUUGACACUGUGAAGGAGAGAUGGAGGAGAGGGGAGAUUUGGUUGUAUAGAAAAGGCCUGGCCUGGACUGGACUGGAUGUAAAUUGCUGCUGUUUUGUUUAGUAUUUUCUUUUUGCUCUGUAGAUGUUUUUUAUUUUGAUCGUUUUGUAUGAUGUUGGUAUCUAUAUCGCUGAGAAGGUGGGACCUGGCAGGCAGGGAGGCUGCUGUAAGGGAAUCCCCCACCCACAUGCUCGCAGAAAGAUGAACAGGAACACACUCGCACGUACUUGCACACACACUUACACUCGCACACUUGCACACAUACACACACGCACACACACACG